AUGCAAAGGCCCAUAAUUUUGAAAACAAGCCUAAUGUCGAAAGGUUGGGGCGGUGAGGGCACAAAGGCGCAGCAAAAGCCACCUCUCCGCCGACGCAAGUUUAGCGAUGAGGCAGUACCAGAAAAGCAGGGCCAGCAUGCAGCUCUGGCAGGUUGGUGGCUGAAGCAGGUGACAACAUCUUCUAGGAGCUUUGGUUCCUCAAAUUCACCGCCAAGGGGACAGGAGAAGGGCGGAAUGGGCAAAGGACAGGGCAAAGCGGCCAGGGCAGCACUUCAUCAAUUGAUCAAGCAGCAGAAGCAAGAGGAGGCAGACAGCACGAACAAGGUGCGGCAGCGCCGUGAGGUUCAGGCCCGAUCGGAGCAGAGCGCAGGGCUUGCAGAGGCGCAGCUUCUGAACUUCGCGAAGCGAAAGGGCGCUAACUUGCCUUUUGUUGCUGCGGCAAAGGUCCUGAGGGAGCCCCCGAGCAUGUGA